AUGGGUUUGUGGACUAAAAUGUGGCCCACAGAUUGGGCUCUUCUCAUGAAAUCAUGGCUCAUCUUUUCCCUGGGGCUCUACAUACAGGUCUCCAAAACUUUGGCCUGCCCAAAAGUGUGCCGCUGUGACCGAAAUUUUGUCUACUGUAAUGAACGAAGCUUGACCUCAGUGCCUCUUGGGAUACCAGAGGGUGUAACCGUCCUCUACCUCCAUAAUAACCAAAUUAAUAAUGCUGGAUUUCCUGCAGAGUUGCACAAUGUUCAGUCUGUGCACACAGUCUACCUGUACGGCAAUCAACUGGAUGAAUUCCCCAUGAACCUGCCCAAGAAUGUCAGGGUUCUCCACCUGCAGGAAAACAACAUUCAGACUAUUUCACGUGCUGCUCUUGCUCAGCUUUUGAAGCUGGAAGAACUGCACCUGGAUGACAACUCCAUCUCCACCGUUGGUGUUGAGGAUGGGGCAUUCCAGGAAGCCAUCAGCCUCAAGCUUCUGUUCUUGUCCAAGAAUCACUUAAGCAGUGUGCCAGUAGGCCUCCCACUGGACUUACAAGAACUUCGUGUAGAUGAAAACCGAAUUGCUGUCAUUUCAGACCUGGCAUUCCAGAAUCUUACAAGUCUGGAGCGUCUGAUCGUGGAUGGCAAUCUCCUUACUAAUAAAGGCAUAGCUGAAGGCACCUUUAGCCACCUCUCCAAGCUCAAGGAAUUCUCAAUAGUUCGGAAUUCACUGACUUACCCUCCUCCCGAUCUUCCAGGUACCCAUCUGCUAAGACUUUACUUGCAAGACAACCAGAUAACCCAUAUACCGCUUACAGCCUUUUCAAACCUCCACAAACUGGAGCGUCUUGAUAUUUCCAACAAUCAGCUUCGGAUGUUGGCAAAGGGAGUAUUUGAUAAUCUCCAUAACCUGAGACAACUCACUGUAAGGAAUAAUCCCUGGUUAUGUGACUGCAGCAUUAAGUGGGUCACUGAAUGGCUCAAAUUUAUUCCUGCCUCUAUCAAUGUACGGGGUUUUAUGUGCCAGGGACCAGAGCAGGUCCGAGGUAUGGCAGUCAGGGAGCUCAAUAUGAAUAUGUUGUCAUGCCCCACCACCACACCUGGUCUGCCACUUAUCAUCACCCCAGUCCCAGCUACAACCAUGCCAACUACAUUGGUUCCCAGUUCACCAUUUCCUCCCUCAAGUAGUAAAUAUAAUCCUCUCACUCCCAUUAUUGCCACACUCCCCACUGUGCCUGACAGGGAGGACAGAGAAAGGGUGACACCUCCUUUGUCUGAAUGGAUUCAGCUCUCCAUCCAUUUUGUGAAUGACACUUGCAUCCAAGUCAACUGGAUGUCACUUUUUUCAGUGAUGGCAUAUAAACUCACAUGGGUUAAAAUGGGCCAUAGUCUGGUAGGAGGAAUUGUUCAUGAACGAAUAAUUAGUGGUGAGAAGCAGCAAUCAAGCUUGGUAAAUCUGGAGCCGAAAUCCACUUACCGGAUUUGUUUGGUUCCACUGGAUACUUACAACAACUACCGAACUGGAGAAGACACUGUCUGUUCAGAAGCCACAACUAAGGCUUCCUUUUUGAAUGGCAGCAACAUCCCUUCCAGCCAUGAACAGACAACUUCUCAGAACCUAGGCUCCCCAUUUCUGCUGGCAGCGUUGAUUGGGGGUGCAGUGAUAUUGGUCCUCAUGGUCUUGCUCAGCAUUUUUUGCUGGCACAUGCACAAAAAAGGUCGUUACACCUCCCAGAAGUGGAAAUACAACCGAGGCCGUCGGAAAGAUGACUACUGUGAGGCAGGGACCAAGAAAGACAACUCCAUCCUGGAGAUGACGGAAACCAGCUUCCAGAUUGUCUCCUUAAAUAAUGAUCAGCUCCUUAAAGGAGAUUUCAGACUGCAGCCCAUUUAUACCCCAAACGGGGGCAUUAACUACACAGACUGCCACAUCCCCAACAACAUGCGAUACUGCAACAGCAACGUCUCAGACCUGGAACACUGUCACACGUGAUAGUGAGGGAAGAUGGGGGUAUCUAGGACAAGGAGAAAAAAAACUCU